GCCAUCACUCGGAUCACUCGCAUUGUCGCAUCGAGUCAGCACCAUGGCAGCCAUGCAGAGACUUGUGCUCCUUCUGUCCGUGGCGAUCGCGGCGUCGGCGCAGGGCCCGGCGGUGGCGCCCGCGGCGCCGACGACGCCCACGACCCCGGCGGCGCCCGCUCCUGCCGCCGGCACGACGAACAUCACGGGGGUGCUGGCCAAGGCCGGGCAGUUCAACACCUUCAUCCGGCUGCUCAAGUCGACGGGCGUGGCGGCGCAGAUCGACAACCAGCUCAACAACAGCUUCGGCAGCGGCAUGACGGUGUUCGCGCCCACCGACAACGCCUUCACCUCGCUCGCCUCCGGCACGCUCAACUCGCUCUCCGACAGCCAGAAGAACGCGCUCAUCCAGUACCACGUCCUCUCCACCGCCAUCCCCAUGUCGCAGUUCGACACCGUCAGCAACCCGCUCCGCACGCAGGCCGGCAGCACCUCCCCGGGCCAGUACCCGCUCAACGUCACCGCCGAGGGCCAGCAGGUCAACAUCACCACCGGGGUCGUCAACGCCACCGUCGACAACACGCUCUACACCGGCGACCAGCUCGUCGUCUACCAGGUCAACAAGGUGCUCCUGCCCAUGGCCAUCGCCGGCACGCCCGCGCCCGCGCCCGCGCCGCUCGCGCCCACCAAGACCAAGGGGAAGACGCCCACCUCGACGGUCGCCGACGCGCCCGAGGCCGAAGCGUCGACGGACACGUCCCUCGCGGCGCCCGCGCGGAUCGUCACAGGGGGUGGUGUCGCGGUGGUUCACGUGCUUGGCCUCCUAGCCUGCGUCUGGUGGGGGCUGCUGUGACAGUGCCGCGCCCGAUCAGAGAGUGCGAGCCCCAACCUGAGGUCUAGAUCCAUGCACGUCGAUAUUUUUUUUGCUCACUUUCUUUUCAAAAGGUGUUGGUCUUUUUGGUUUGAUCUGUUCUCAUUAUUUCAGCUCAUUAUAUACCCCUAUGUAGUAAUUGCUAGGGACAUGUAAAGUGAAAUGUACUAUUACGGGAGUCACAUUUUUAUGUAAUGUUGUUACUAAAUAAAUAUACAUAUUUUUAUA